UGGUAGUGACUCAGCUAUUUCACCUUUUUCCAUCUUUUCACCUUCAACUGUCGGCAGUGAGCUUUUUGAUAAUGGUGCUCCAGCUGUAAAUCACAUGGCUGGGAAUUAUAUUAUUAUUAACCAGGAUAGCUUUGGGAACAAUUCAAGAUUGAGUCAACAAUUUACUGCAAUAUCACCAGCACUGAUUGGGAAAAACUUUAACAUCUCGAAUGAACUCAAGGUUUAUAUUAAACACAAUCCAAUCAUUAUUAUUUACAUUCCAUCAUAUAUGUUGAAUUCUAAAGAGCUAGGUGGGCUUAUUGGUCAUAUCAUGUAUUAUUUUCCAAAAAAAUUCAUUAGAGUUGCAAUUACUGAUGCUGCUUUCACUAAACAUGAUGUAUACCAUAUUCUUAGGUUCUUCAUAGACUCUAUCAAUUCAGGUAAUGUGGUUGGAUUUGAUUACCCCGGAAUCGUGACCUUGGAGAAUAGAAUUUUUGAAAGAAUCUACUUGCUGUCAAUUGGAAAUAGGUUUUUCUUGGAUACAAGCAUUUUGAACACUUAUAGCUAUUACUUCCCUGAUGCUGUUAAUCUGAAGCAUGAAAUUUCCGGUAUCAAUUUGGAUAAAGUCAAAUAUAUCAUGCUUGAUGUGCCAAACUUGAAGAACAUGGUUAUUCACUUGAGUGAUAGCUGUUACGGAAUCACAACAGAUCAUUAUUUUAGAAAUCUUCUGUCUCCAAAUCUUGCUAAUCUUGAAAUCUCCUUUCAAAGAACCAAAUAUUAUGUUCCAGCAACGAAACUUCAGUUGAAUGUUAGUGUGUUAUUGAAUAAGUUUCAAAUGUUGAAGGAGUUGAAAAUUGAUGCUGAAGGAGCUGUUCUUGAGUUUGAUGCUAGUUUGGAAGUUUAUGCUAUGUUGGAUUCUUUUAUUUUGCAAAAUUAUUUUGAACCUUUCCAAUUAGAAACAAAGAUUUUUCAGAAUAUCAAGUCAAUAGAGUUUGAAAAUUUAGCUGGUUUGGUACAUAUUGAUGCUUUAGAAGACUGUGAGAAAUUAAGUUCCCUAAAAAUUCAUAAUUGCCCAUAUAUAAUAUCAAUUGAAAACCUCAAUUUAAAUCAACUCAAAUAUUUUACAUUCACUUCCCUCCAUACUGAAGCUCCAUUCUUGAAAAUUCAAAACGUUUCCUUAAAAAAUGUCCAAAUGUUGAAGUUUGUGCUUCGUUGUCCAGGUCUUAUAAUUAUCAAAAAUAUCCGCGCCACAAGUUUGGUUAGCUUUGUUUAUAAUUGCAGAAGUUUGAACACCCUGAAUUUUCCAUCAGCUACUAUAUUUGAUGAUGGGGUCAACUCUCCAAACUUGAUCAAUCUCAAAUACACAGUUGCUUCAACAAGAGAGCUUGUUGAAUUGUUAAAUAAUAAGUUUGUUUUUGAAAGAAUCAAUUAUUUAAUAGUUCACAACAUUGGCCCUUUUGGUAAAACUGUUCAAGAAAUGAAGGACCAAAUAGAAAAUGCCUUUGAGGAAGACUUUCCACCUUUUGAAUUAACAUAUUACCAAAAUGAUGAGGACAAACUUAAUGUUUCGUUAACUGGGCUCCAUAGAAUUGGAUGUACUGAUAGAGAAUGUGAUUCAUCUUUGGAUAGCUAAUUAUGAAAUAAGAAAUACUACAUCGAAUGCAUUCAGUAGAUAUCGAUUUGCAAAUAUUACU